AUGGUCGCGAUCAAGAAGGGAGGUGUUGCUGCAUACGUCUACGGAGGCAACUUGGGCUAUGCUGAUGUGUCGGCGCGAAAGAAGGGAAACUGUGGCCGCAAGCGAACAACUACUCUGGCCGACGUGAAAGCUUCCGUCAAGGCCGCCGAUCCGUACCAUCGCUCGACAUUGCGUGCUGGCCGAGUCCACAUGUACAUCGCGUCGACAACGCUGUGGAGGCUCGUCAAGACCAAGAAGAUUUAA